AUGCCGGCUGCUGUCUAUCUGCCCGGGACGUGGCUGCUUUGCCUCCUGGCUGCCCCCUGGCCCGCCCAGCCAGAAAAGCUCUUCCACAUUCGGGACCACUCAGACAUGGAGGAGUCUGCCCUGCACCGAGCAGAGCCUGUCACUGACCUCCGUUCUGCUCAGUUGUUCUUAUCCAAAUAUGGCUGGACAGAAGGGUCCAGUGGGGGCAUGGCCUCCUCCUCGGAUAUCUCGGGGCCCAGCACCGAUGACAAACCUCCUGCGGACGGAGACCCAGGCCUCGUAAAGGCCAUCACAAAGUUCCAGUCCUUUAGCCAGUUACCGGUGACCGGACAGCUGGAUGAAGCCACCCUGGCGGCCAUGAACCGACCCCGGUGCGGCAUGCCUGACCGCCAGCCCAUGUCGAAGGUAGACCCGCUGCCGCUGACUUCGGGCACCGGCUUGGCUGGAAGAGACGGGGCACCUCUGAGCAUCACGCCCAGGGGAGGGAGCGCAGGCCCGAGCGCCAAAGUGCGUAAGAAACGAUUCUUGCAACUGCUCUCGCCGCCGGCCAGGAGGCAAGAGCAGGAGCCGGGCCCUCUCCGCGCCCGCGGGCAGAGAGCCUUCUCCAGGAGGCUGCUGAGGUGGAGGCUGGUCGGGGAGGGCUACAGCGGCCAGCUGUCCAUCGAGGAGCAGAGGUUCAUCUUUAGGUUGGCGUUCCGGAUGUGGAGCGAGGUGACCCCGCUCACCUUCAAAGAGGACCGCCUUUCUCCCGCAGCCCUCAUCGAUAUCAGGCUGGGGUUUGGAAGGGGACGACACCUGGGCUGCAGCCGGGCAUUUGACGGGAGUGGCCAAGAGUUUGCCCAUGCCUGGAACUUUGGGGACAUUCACUUCGACGAUGAUGAGCACUUCACACCCCCCCCAAGUGACAAGGGGAUCAGUCUGCUCAAAGUAGCAGUUCAUGAAAUUGGCCACGUCCUAGGCUUGCCUCACCUGGACAGGACUGGAUCAAUAAUGCAGCCGAAUUAUGUUUCCCAGGAGACUGGGUUCGAACUGGAUUGGGCAGACAGGAAAGCGAUACAAAAGCUGUACGGGUCAUGUGAAGGACCGUUUGACACCGCCUUUGAUUGGAUCCGAAAAGAGAGAACUCGCCACGGGGAGCUGGUCGUGAGCUUUAGCACAUAUUUUUUCCGCAGCGGCUGGUAUUGGCUUUAUGAGAACCGCCACAACAGGACCCGCUAUGGGGAUCCAAUUCUCACCCCCAUUGGAUGGCGCGGAAUUCCCUCUCGUGACAUUGAUGCUUACGUCCACGUGUGGACAUGGAGAAGAGAUGAACGUUACUUUUUCCAAGGGAAUCACUACUGGAGGUAUGAUGGUGACCAUGACCGAGCCUACGCAGAGGAUGAACGAGGGAGGAGCUAUCCCCAGCUCAUCUCGGAGGGCUUUCCUGGCAUCCCAAGCCCCCUGGACACGGCCUUCUAUGACCGGAGGACCCAGCUCAUCUAUUUCUUCCGAGGGUCUUUGGUGUUUGCAUUUGAUGUGGACAGACACCAAGUGGACAACUCUUAUCCAAAGAGGAUGGUUGACGCUUUCCCGCCAGUAGCUCCCCCAAACCAUCCUUUCAGGGACAUAGACUCAGCCUACUUCUCCUACGCACACAGCGCCAUUUUUUUUUUCAAAGGGAAUGCAUACUGGAGAGUGGUGAAUGACAAAGACCGCCGGCAGAAUUCUUCACUGGCUUUCAACGCGCUGUUUCCCAAAGAGUACAUCUCUCAGAAGUGGUUCGACAUUUGUGACGUUCAUCCUUCCACAGUGAAGAUGAAGGAGCAAAACGCAGACAGAAGUAUUGGCUAG